ACAAAGAACUGUAGAUGAAGCCGGGAUUAAGGGAUUCUUCCUGAGUUGGAUUAUUAAAGCACAACAUGGAUUUUUGUCAACAUUAUGUCAUGGAGAUAUUUUUUUCUAUGUUUUCACAGAGUUUAGUAGUUGCUACUCAACAGAACUACUAACCUGCACCAAUUGGAAUAUUGGCUCGGACAGAGAGGAUCAGUCCUUCUCGAGGCGAAUGCAGGUGGUGUCGCUCUCUGCAUUGAAAUGGAGACAGAGCCAUGUGAAGAGUUCGACCCCGCAGCAAAGCCUACCAAACCUGAAGUAGAAGAGGCCAUAACUGAACCUGCAGACGAUGACACUCACACCGAGCUGCCCUGUGGGUCUGCAGAGGAAGGCCAGGAGCUGCAUGGGGAAGAGCAGGCUGAAGCAGAGAGCUGUGCAGGAGAGAGUCAAAGCUCCGAUAUAAGAAAGCCCUCUGAUCCGGAGCAAUGUGGAGACACAGCAUGCAAGGAGCAGAGGAAACUGCAGAAAACAAACAGCUGGAAGACGGUGCGAUUUCAAGAACCAUUGAUGGACGACGAUGUGCUGGAGAUAGACAGCUCAGCAGAAAGUCUCUUUCCAGAAUAUGUGACAGAAGAGUGGACCUCCUCCACCUUUGAGGAGCUUUUUGGGGCAGACGAUUGGCUCGACAUCACUGAGGACCGACUCUUGAGGAAGAAGUUGGUGAAGUCUGGGGCCCCUGACGCCCUGAUACCUGUCUGGGGCCAGGAGGUUUCUGUGAAGAUGCAGUGUGUCCUGGAGGACCGCACUGUGGUGGAGAAGGACACCAAGCUGGUCUUUGUUAUCGGAGAGGGAGAUGUUAACCAGGCCCUGGAGGAGUGUGUCAUGUCCAUGCAGAAGAGAGAGAUCACAUUACUGCUAGCAGAUUCCCAGUGUGCAUAUGGACUUCUGGGAAGGGAGCCUGAUAUUCCAGCAUGGGCUCCUUUACUCUACCAGCUCCAGCUGCUGGACUUCAGAGAGAAACUGGACCCGUUAACUCUGCCCGUCGCCGACCGCAUCCGCAUCGGCAACCAGAAACGAGAGCGAGGAAACUUUCAUUUCCAGAGGGAGGAAUACAGCAUGGCUGCCAGAGCCUACAGUAUGGCUCUGGAUGUGCUAACCACGCGCAGCAGAGGUAACCCAGCAGCAAAACCUGAAUGUAUAUAUGGUGGGAACGGUGGCGUGAAGACGGAGGAGGAGGAGGUGCGGGACUACCGGGUGAAGUGUUUGAACAACUUGGCCACCGUUCAGAUCAAACUGGAGCAGUACCAGGAGGCGCUGAGCAGCAGCCGGGAAGUCCUGACCCUGGAGCCAAACAACGUCAAGUCCCUGUUCAGAGUGGGAAAGCUUUUGUCAGACAUGGGUGAAUACAAAGAGGCGAUGGAGGUGCUAAAAAGGGCAUUGAAACUGGAGCCAACCACCAAGGCGAUCCACGCAGAGUUAUCUAAACUGGUCAGACGGCAGUCAGGAGGCAAGGAUACUCAGGAAUGGAUAUCUAAACCAGCAGCAAUGUUUGGAGAUAACAUCACACCUUUCCUGAUUCCUUCUAAGAAGAAGCCAUCUGGAAUUUCCUGGAAGUUUAUACUUGGAGCUCUGGUUGUGGCCUUGGGCAGCUUAGUGACAUCGUUGAUUCUGACUGCAAGAAACUGACAUCCUGCACACUUUGCACAUGACGAUGAUGAUAUUCAGUCCUCUUUCCUUUCAUCUGAAAAAAGUGUAUACAGUGAUGACACGAAGAAGGUUUGCAACCCAAGUAUUUAUAGUAGGAAAAUGUUUCACUAACAAAUUGUACAGUAAAUAUGAAAUGAAAUAUAGUUAAGCAUUGAGAAUAUACCAGCAGAGAUUUCUGCUUAUAUGAAAUACAGAAGCUUUAAACAAGUAGCUUUUCAGUUGUUUCUGCUUUUAUUUGGAAAAGGGAGUACAUUUCUGUAUGAUUGAAGGCGUUGAAACUGCAAUAAUCUUGCUUAAUAAAAUAUUACGAAUAA